AUGGCGACCCUGGCCACCUCCACUGGCGGCAGCAUCCGUCAGGAGCUGACUAGCCUCUUUGGGGCCUCCAUCUCCUCCACAUUCCCUGAUGCCGGGGUGCAGCCGUCGGUGGCCCAGACCAACGACCCCAAGUUCGGGGACUACCAGUGCAACAAUGCCAUGGCCCUCUUCGCCAAGUGCAAGGGCAAGGAGGGCGCGCCCAAGAACCCACGCGCCGUGGCGGAGGCCAUCGUGGCCGGCCUCCCCGCCUCGGACCUGGUGGAGUCCACCACCCUGGCCGGCCCCGGCUUCAUCAAUGUGCGCCUGUCCCGCGCCUGGCUGGGCCGCCACGUGGGCGACAUGCUGGUGUCCGGCAUCGGGUCGUGGGCGCCGCGCGGCCAGGCCCGGAAGCGCGUGGUGGUGGACUUCUCCAGCCCCAACGUGGCCAAGGAGAUGCAUGUGGGCCACCUGAGGAGCACCAUCCUGGGCGACUGCCUGUGCCGCACGCUGGAGUACUGCGGCGCGGACGUGCUGCGCCUGAACCACAUCGGCGACUGGGGCACCCAGUUCGGCAUGCUCAUACAGUACAUUGCCGACAAGCGGCCCGGCGGUCUGUCGGCGGCCGAGGACGAGGACGUGGCCGACCUGCAGGUGCUCUACCGCGCGGCCAAGGCACGGUUCGACGCCGACGAGGGGUUCAAGGCCGCGGCGCGCGAGGCGGUGACCCAGCUCCAGGGGGGCCGGCCCGAGUACCUGGAGGUCUGGCGCCGCAUCUGCGCCGCCUCGCGCGCCGAGUUCCAGCGCAUCUACGACCGCCUGGGCGUGGAGCUGCAGGAGCGCGGCGAGUCCUUCUACAACCCGCGCCUGCAGGCCACCGUGGACGCGCUGGUGGAGCAGGGCGUGGCAGUGGAGUCGGACGGCGCGCGCUGCGUCUUCUUCGAGGGCCGGGAUGUGCCCCUGAUCGUGCAGAAGCGCGACGGAGGCUUCGGCUAUGCCUCCACCGACAUGGCCGCCCUGCACCAGCGCCUGACCGAGGAACGGGCAGACUGGAUCGUUUACCUCACCGACGCCGGCCAGGCGGGGCACUUUGAGAUGAUCUUUGCGGCGGGGAGGAGGGCGGGUUAUUUCCCCAAGGACCGGGAGGUGCGGAUCGACCACGUCGGCUUUGGCCUCGUCAUGGGAGAGGACGGGAAGAAGUUCAAGAGCCGGUCUGGAGAUACGGUGCGCCUGGUGGAGCUGCUGGACGAGGCCAAGGCGCGCUGCAGGACCACCAUCAAGGAGCGCAGGCCUGACAUCUCUGAGGAGGAGCUGGAGGAGGCCACCUCGGCCAUGGGCUAUGGCGCCGUCAAGUACGCCGACCUGAAGAACAACCGGCUGACCAACUACCGGUUCUCCUACAACGAGAUGCUGAGCAUGCAGGGAGACACCGCGGUCUACCUGCUGUACGCGCACGCUCGCAUCGCCGCCAUCCUGCGCAAGUCUGGAAAGGACGUCGCGGAGCUGGCCAAGAGCACGAAGAUCACCCUGGGCAAUGACCUGGAAGUGGCCCUGGCCCUGCACGUGUCUCGCUUCUCCGAGGCCGUGGAGGAGAUGCUGACAGACCUGUACCCCAACCGCCUCACCAGCUACCUGUACGACCUGUCUGGCGUAUUCAACCAGUACUACACGGAGUGCCAGGUCAUCGGCACGGAGGAGGAGGACUCGCGCCUUCUGCUCUGCGAGGCCACCGCCGUCGUGAUGAGGCAGUGCUUCCACCUGCUGGGCAUCACCCCACUGUACCGUAUCUGA